AUGUGUAUCACCGACACACCAACGCAGAAACAUGUAGGGGCUGAAGUGAAGGGCUAUAUUACCACAGUGAUACUGUCUGCGAUGCGUGAGGGGUACACGGAUGCCUCGAUUGAAAUCCGCGACUGGGCUGUGCCGGCGCACCACGCCAAUGAGAAGUAUCCGUUCACAAUGAUGGUGCGCGAGAUGAUGAGCGGCCACGCCAUCCGCAAGGCCGGCGGCUGUGCGGAGAGCGGGCUCUUUGAGGGGACGCUCAGCAUCCAGACUGUGAUUUUGGACCCUAGUGGCAAGAGUGGCUCCUCGCUGUCAGGUGCGCACGCGCCAUUUCGAGGCGAAACCACACAAGCGCUGCGACAGCGUCUGCCCUUCUGCCUAACUUCUCGGGACCAAUACGUGUGUGCGGCUCCAGCCGCUGGUGCGUGUCUGCCUUUCUGUGUACUUUCCAUUUCUAAAUACGUACUGAAUAAUCGUUUAGCGGCUCAAUCAUUAGCCGUGCGCGAGAGACACACCGUGGCGGCCGCAGUAUGGCCAUCCUGUCACACAGCCCACCCACCCCCUCUUCAUCUGCAUUUCAUGUGUGUGUGUGUGUGGGUGGGUGGGCGGGUGACCUCUCUGCUCCCCUGUGGUCACCUCUCUCUUUCUCUCUCGCGUGGUGUUUACAUUGCAUUCUCUGGCUUCGCCGCCCUUCACUAUAUAUAUAUAUCUAUAUAUGCGUGCCCAUAUGCAUGUACAGCUAUGCACACACAUGUAUUCUUUUCGCUGUGCUCUCCCUCCUUGCCCCCUCCCUCACACACACACAUACACACACACAUAUAUAUAUAUAUAUAUAUAUGUGUGUGUGUGUAUGUGUGUGUGAGGGAGGGGGCAAGGAGGGAGGGAGGGAGGGAGAGCUUUUUUUUGUUUUUAUGCGCCUCUCUGGACUUCUUACGGAACGACUGGACUGCCAACAGCACAAGGUCAACGUGCACUGUCGUUUUCUUUUUCUUUGUUGGUGUGGUAUUGGCGGCGGUGAUGGUGGUGGUGGGUGGAUGGGAUGGGGGACGGGGCA